AUGCGCUUCUUCCCGCGCCUGCUUCUCGGACUGCUGCCGAUCGCCGAGACUGCUCGGGUCGGCCUGCACAAGGCAGCCGAAGAGGGCCAGGUCGAGCCGCUCCGCGUCGCGAUCCGUGGCAAGUUUAACGAAUACGAGGACGCGUGGGUGCGCCCCGACCUGAACAAGCGCAACAAGAAGGGGAAUGUCCCACUGCACCUCGCGAUCUGUGGUCGCGCGCGGCAGGACCUGACGACGGUCACCGCGCUGCUCGACGCGGGCGCGGACGCCGGCGCAAGAGACGGCGCGGACGAGACGCCUCUGCACGUGGUUGCGAGGCGUUGCGCUGGCGACCAGGCCCGUGGAGACAUCUCCAACUCGCGUGCGAGCGGCAUAGCCAAGCUCCUGAUUGGCCGCGAUGGCGUCGACAUCAACGCCAGGGGGCUCGGCGCAAGGGGACUGACGCCUUUGCAUGUGGCCGCCGAGCGCGGGCAUCCCGCGCUCGUCGAGCUGCUGAUCAAGGCGUGCGCCACUCUCCCCUGA